AUGAAUCCCGAGUCCUUUACGCACAAGACCAACGAGGUGCUCUUUUCCGCGAAGCAGCUCGCGGAAUCCAACGGACAUCCGGAAAUCACGCCCGCGCACCUCGCGCUGACCCUCCUCGAGGACUCAGACAGCAUCUUCCGCCAUGCCGUUUCUUCCGCCGGCGUCAACAACUACUCCGCCGGCGGCGGCGGCGGAGGCGGCGACGACACCGCGCAAUCCCUGCAGCGCGCCUUCAAGCGGCUUCUCCAAAAGAUUCCCUCGCAGGAGCCCGCGCCCGACGAAAUCCACGCGAAUCACGCGCUCGUGAAAGCGCUCCGCAAGGCGCAGAGCCUUCAGAAGAAAGCGGGGGACUCGCACCUAGCCGUGGACUCAUUAGUGUUGGCUCUAAUCGAGGAUGCGCAGAUCGCGGGCGCGAUGAAGGAGGCGGGAGUGAACGCUCUGAAGAAGUACGGGCGCGAUCUCGUUGAAGUAGCGGCGAAGCUCGACCCGGUGAUUGGCCGCGACGACGAGAUCCGCCGCGUCGUGCGGAUCCUCUCGCGCCGCACAAAGAACAACCCCGUGCUGAUCGGCGAACCCGGCGUGGGGAAAACGGCGGUCGUGGAGGGCCUCGCGCAGCGCAUCGCGCGCGGCGACGUCCCGAGCAACCUGCAGAACGUGCGGCUCGUCGCGCUGGACAUGGGCGCGCUCGUCGCGGGCGCGAAAUACCGCGGAGAGUUCGAGGAGCGCGUAAAGGCGGUGCUAAAGGAGGUGGAGGAUGGUGAGGGGCGGAUUAUUCUCUUCAUCGACGAGAUGCAUUUGAUCCUCGGCGCGGGGCGCACGGAGGGCGCCAUGGAUGCCGCGAAUCUCUUCAAGCCCAUGCUCGCGCGCGGGCAGCUGCGCUGCAUCGGCGCGACGACGCUCGAGGAGUACCGCAAGUACAUCGAGAAGGACGCGGCGUUCGAGCGGCGCUUCCAGCAGGUGCUUGUAAAGGAGCCGUCUGUAGCGGAUACGGUGAGCAUUCUCCGCGGGCUGCGGGAGAAGUACGAGGGGCACCACGGCGUGCAGAUCCAAGACCGCGCGCUCGUCGUCGCGGCGCAGCUGAGCAGCAGGUACAUCACGGGGAGGUUCCUUCCGGACAAAGCCAUCGAUCUUGUCGACGAAGCGUGCGCGAACGUGCGCGUCGCGCUCGACAGCCAGCCGGAGGAGAUCGACGCGCUAGAGCGGAAGCGCAUCCAGCUAGAGGUGGAGCUACACGCGCUCGAGAAGGAGAAGGAUAAGGCGAGCAAGAUGCGCGCCGCGGAGGUGCGCGAGCAGCUCGGCGCGCUGCGCGAGGAGCUCCAGCCGCUGCAGAUGCGGUACCGGCGGGAGAAGGAGCGCGUCGACGAGUUGCGCCGGCUCCAGCACAAGCGCGAGGAGGUGCUCGUCGCGGUGCACGAGGCGGAAGCGCGCAUGGACCUCGCGCGCGUCGCGGAUCUGAAAUACGGCGCGCUCACGGAGCUGGACGCCGCCAUCGGGAAAAACCAGAGGGAGGCGGAAGCCGCCGCCGCCGCCGCCGCCGCGAUGGACACCAGCGGCGGAGUCGCGGCGCCCGCCGUCAAGCCCAUGCUGACGGAAACCGUCGGGCCGGAUCAGAUCGCGGAGGUCGUCAGCCGCUGGACGGGCAUCCCCGUUACAAGGCUCGGGCAGAACGAGCGCGAGCGGCUGCUGGUGCUCCCCGCGCGCCUGCACGAGCGCGUCGUAGGGCAGGCGGAGGCGGUACAGGCGGUGGCGGAAGCGGUUCUCCGCUCGCGCGCGGGUCUAAGCCGUCCUGGCCAACCCACGGGAUCGUUCCUCUUCUUAGGCCCGACGGGUGUGGGGAAAACGGAGCUCGCAAAAGCGCUAGCAGAGCAGCUAUUUGACGACGAGAAGCAACUAGUGAGGAUCGAUAUGAGCGAGUACAUGGAGCAGCAUAGCGUGGCACGGCUGAUCGGUGCUCCCCCGGGGUAUGUGGGGCAUGAGGAGGGCGGGCAGCUGACAGAGGCGGUGCGCAGGCGGCCGUACAGCGUGGUGCUGUUUGACGAGGUGGAGAAGGCUCAUGCUUCGGUAUGGAAUACUCUGCUACAAGUACUGGACGACGGCAGGUUGACCGACGGGCGCGGGCGCACUGUCGACUUCAGCAACACGGUUAUCAUCAUGACGUCGAACUUAGGAGCGCAGCAUCUUAUAGCGGGGAUGGCGGGGGACGUGUCGAUGGGAGAGGCGAAGCAGCUGGUGAUGGGCGAAGUGAAGAGGCAUUUCCGGCCGGAGUUACUCAACCGAUUGGAUGAGAUUGUAGUCUUUGAGCCGCUCUCUCUCCCCGAGCUUCGGAAGGUGGCAAGGCUGCAGAUAAAACAGGUCGCUGCCAGGCUGGCAGAUCGGGGGAUCGCGCUCGCGGUGUCGGAUUCUGCGCUGGAUGUUGUUCUAGCAGAGGCGUAUGAUCCGGUGUAUGGGGCGCGGCCGCUGAGGCGAUGGCUGGAGCGCAAGGUGGUGACUCAGCUGUCUAAGAUGCUGGUGGAAGGGAAGAUAGACGAUAACUGCACGGUGUUUAUCGACGGCGCGAAGCAGCAGCAGGGUCAUGGGCAGGUGGGAGGAGGCAAGGGAGUGGCGGUGGAGGCUAGUGGGUUGCUGUUCAGGGUGGAGAAAACGGGUGGGGUGGCUGCUGAGAAGGCCAAAGGGCGGCUGGGAGAAUUUCUGGUGGAACCGGCGCAGGGGAGUGAGGGGAAGAAGGCGAGGGUGGAGGAAGAGGAGGGGGAGGUGGAUGAGAUGGAGGACUGA